UCUCAAUGGAACAUAUUUGUCUUCUUCCCUUCUCCAAACUUAUUCUUUCCCUCGCUUCUGCUUCUCCUUUUUUUCUCAAAAAACCCUAAUUGAAUCCAACAAAGAAACAAUACCCAUAUUCUUCAGAAGUGUAGUUGUAAUUUUUUCAAGCCAAAAACCCCUUUGUGCUGUUUGCAGAACCAAAAGGUCUAUCUUAUUCAAUGUGAAGAAGAAUUUUGUUCCAGUUCCAACCUUCUCUACUUCUUGUUCUUGGAGGAUAGUAAAGUAGAGGAAAAAGCGGAAAAACCCCGUCAUUUUGAUAUUUGAUUUUGAAAAAAAAAAAGGAGUAAAAGAAAGAAAAAUCUAAUUUCCCUCUGCUUUACUCUGUUUAGUUCUUAGAGGAGCUUGCCAUAGAACAAAGCUUCCAGAAUGGCAGAUCAGGUGCUGUCUAGUGCUUGCAGAGCUCUGAAUUUGCUUUUGUUCGUUAUUUUGACAUCUAAUUUGGUCAAUGUAGCUUUCGUUUCCGCCAAAUCAACUAUAGAGCCAUGUUCCAACUCCGAUUCUUGCAAUGCCCUGCUCGGUUACACUCUUUACACCGACCUCAAGGUGUCUGAAGUUGGUUCGCUCUUUCAAGUCGACCCCAUUUCGAUUCUCACUGCCAACGCCAUAGAUGUUUCAUACCCAGAUGUUGAAAAUCACAUUCUACCUUCGCAGCUCUUUAUUAAAAUCCCCAUUUCUUGUUCUUGUGUUGAUGGGAUUCGUAAAUCGGUUUCGACUCGGUACAAGACUCGCCCAUCUGACACUCUCUCCUCGAUUGCUGAUUCCAUCUACGCUGGUUUGGUCUCUUCAGAUCAGAUUCGGGAGGCUAAUUCCAUUUCGGACCCCUCUCUUCUCGAUGUUGGACAGACUCUUGUUGUGCCACUUCCUUGUACUUGCUUUAAUGGAACCGAUAAUUCGUUGCCUGCUAUUUACUUGUCUUACGUUGUUCAACCUGAAGAUACGUUAACUGGGAUUGCUUUUAGAUAUUCCACUACUAUCACUGACUUGAUGGAUGUUAAUGCCAUGGGCAAUCCAGCGAUUAAGGCUGGGGAUAUUUUGGCCGUUCCCUUGCCUGCUUGUGCAUCUAAGUUUCCUUCAUAUGCCUCUGACUUUGGCUUGAUUGUGCCCAAUGGGAGCUAUGCCAUUACGGCAAGUCAUUGUGUGCAAUGUAGCUGUGGACCAGGGAACCUCAAUAUGUAUUGCAUGCCUGCUCCUUUUGCCGUUUCUUGUUCGAGUAUGCAAUGCAAAAAUAGCAAUCUAAUGCUUGGGAACGUCACUGCACAGCAGAGCAGUGCAGGUUGCAAUGUUACAUCUUGUAGUUAUGGUGGUUUUGUAAAUGGCACCAUAUUGACGAUGUUGUCUUCGAAUCUUCAGCCUCGAUGCCCUGGGCCACAGCAAUUUCCCCCUCUUAAAGCCCCACCUACUACAGUAAGUAGGGAUAAAAAUUUUGCACCUGCACCUGCUCCUCAAUUCGAUGGCUCUGGAUCACCUGCACCCAGUUCGGGAUUGAUCCCUUCAACAACUGGUUCUCUCCCUGGACUCCCGCCAGCCAGUGGCCCCAUUGGUAGUACUUCAGGGAUGAACUCAGCGCCUUCCACUGCUUCCUCAUUGGUGAAUCCAUUAGCUAGUUUCCCUGCUGCCUUUCUGUUAUUUAUCCUCGUCAACUACAUAAUGUCAUUUUCAUUGUAAUUUUUUUCACGGCGGGUCAAUUUCAAAGGUGGGCUUUGUAUUAUUUGUGGUCUAUAUGUUUUGAGAUUUUUCUUCUGUAUGCUGGCUGUAUGUAACUGUUAUUAAUUCUUCCCUGUUAAAACUGAUGUAUGGAUGCGGCGAACUAAAGGUUUCUGGAGAUUAUUUCUUUGAUUUCUUAUAAUUCUACUGUCUUAGAAGAUACUGCACAUCA